AUGGGUUUUACAGUCAAUAUAAAAAAGUCGCAACUGGAACCAGUCCAAUCAAUAGAAUUUUUAGGCUUCACUAUAGACUCAAUCAAUAUGAUGCUACAAAUUCCCAAUUACAAACUAAAGGAUUUGAUACACGAAUGUUCAACAACUUACAAACAAAAAAGAAUUCAUAUAAGAAAGCUUGCCUCCCUAAUCGGGAAACUCAUAGCUGUUACCAAUGCAUUUCUUCCUGCAAGACUACUAUCUUGGGCAUUAUUACGCGACAAAAACAAGCAAUUAAAACUUCAAGGUUGGAAUUCAUUCCUCCAUCUUUCAUCAGAGAGCCAACAACAUCUUUUACAAUGUAUAAAGCAGUUAUCUUAUCACAAAGGAAGAAAGAUUCGACUAGACAUCCCACUUUCAACUAUACAAACCGACGCAUCACCUUGGGGUUGGGGGGCAGUUAUGAACGACCAGAUUACGCAAUUAAACAGUAGUAAUAAAGACAGACUCGAUGACUACUGUAGCAUAUAUAAACCAUCAGGGAGAUAUGACCUCACCCUUAGUGAGUCAUAUAGCAGAACAAAUAUGGACAUUAUGUCUGUCCCGAAACAUUAUAAUUCAGGCUCAACAUCUGCCAGGGAGAAGGAACAAGUUAGCAGAUGCAGCAUCACAAAUAGUGAAUCUACACCAAAAUGCAUGAACGACGAACUUUUUCAGUUGGAGAUACGAUCCCAAGGCUCUUGUGAUCGAUGCAUUUACCCAAUCUUAGAAGAAAUAGAAACCAUAUGCGAACCCCCCAUGGAUCCUAUUACCCAAAGUAUUAGCAAAGAUCAUCUAAGAGAAGGUCACGAUAGUAAUAAUUUUUCCACUAUGGCAAUCAGCCCCAUGGUUUCCAAAAUUGAUGGAUCAGCUGAUAGAUAUACCAAUCAUCCUACCCCGCAAAGCAGUAAUUCACAAUACAGUUACACCACUCAGGAAUUACAAAUAAAAGAUCUGUGCAGCUCUUGUAUCCAGGAGCAGCUCAAAGAAAAAGGGUUUUCAGACUGA